AUGUUCGCUCAGGCUUGUCGCGCAGGUGUUCUGGAGAUUGUCUUGCAAUAUCUCGAAGAAGGCCAGGAAGUUGAUGCACAAGAUGCAACACAGUGCACAGGUCUCCACCACGCUGCUGCGAAUGGACAUCUUGGCAUUAUAUCUGCUCUUCUCAAAGCAGGCGCCUCUAUGGAGGCCCGAGAUGCAAACAAGGAGACUCCUCUUGCUGCGUCAUGUCGCCGUGGUGAGCUCGACGGUGCAGCUUUACUCCUAGCGCACGGCGCCAGCUGCCAUGCUUGCGAUCGUGCCGGCCGAUCAGUGCUGAUUCAUGCUGUUCUAAGUGGCUCCGCCUCAAUAGUUGAAAUAUUGCUAUCCAAAAUGUCACGUGAUUCAUCACGGUGGCUACCGGACAAACUCUGGAAUUGGACACCGCUGCAUUACGCAAGCUCCUCGGGCCUCACACCUGUCGUUGACUUACUCCUGAAACACUCGGCGUCUCCCUACGCGUUGAGUUCCGAUGGCAGCUCACCUUUCAAAUUCGCCAAACUAGAAGUGCAGAUGCUAAUCAGGCAGUAUAUUCUUAAGGAACCUGCGCAAUGUGUGCUGCCCGCCGGUCUAGACCGCGGCGCUUUGUGGCUGGGAUCAAGGCAAGCAGCUUAUCCCCAAUUUGCCACGGAUCGUGGUUUCACAUCGAUUUUGUCUAUUUUUGAUAGAGGUCAGAAGGAUCCAAAGCUUCGUUGGAUGGCGGAUGCCACCGAAACUGCCGGUUUGGAAAGACACGAGAUAGUAAUAAGUGCCGAUGAUACCACAAGCCAUGAUACCGCAUCUUGGUAUUCACUGACUAUAGUACUAAAAGACUGCAUCGAUUUCGUUCAUGAUGCAAUUGAGCGGAAACCAGUUGUUCUAGUGCACUGGGAUCUUGGCGUUUGCACUUCCCUUUGCGUCGGGCUUGCAUACAUGCUGACGAAAAGGCGAUUAAAAUUGAAUAGCUCCCUGAAGCACCUCGAGGCCAUCAGGCCCCAACUACAGCUUGAUAUUCACCUCAGGCGUGGUCUCCAGGCCAUGGAGCGCUCCUUGGACCCCCGGAAACUCCGUCGGCUGGAAAAUCCCCUGCGAAAAGCACCUGUGUUGGCAUUGCGAUUUUAGUCUGGCUCAAGCCGAACAUACCCAAGGCAGCGAGCUUGCGAGGAUAAAAAGUAUGUAGGGGGGUAGGGCGGU